UCAUGUGAUUUUUGAUAUUAUCCAAUUAAUAUUUAAACUUUUCAGAUAAAUUUUCCCAAUUGAAGAGAGGGUUUUUACUUUUUAGCUAUGGCAGAAAAAGGGCGAAAAAUUUUAGUAGCAGUUGAUGAAGGAGAUGAAAGCAUGUACGCACUCAAAUGGUGUCUCAACAAUGUUAUUAGCGAGAAUUUCAAAGAUACCCUUAUCCUCUGCUACGUCAAAAAACCUCGAGCUGUCUACACAUCCAUGGAUGGAAAAGGGUAUUUGUUUUCUCCUGAUGUAAUGGCAAGCAUGGAGAAGUACAGCAAUGAUGUGGCUCAGAGCGUGAUCGACAAGGCGAAAAGGGCUUGCAAGCACUUGAAUGAUGUUAAAGUGGAGAUAGCGGUUGAGCUGGGAGAUCCAAGGGACAUGAUUUGUGAAGUGGCUGAGAAAUUGAAUGUGGAUAUGUUAGUGAUGGGAAGUCAUGGGUAUGGUCUCAUUAAGAGGGCAUUUCUUGGGAGUGUGAGUAAUCACUGUGCGCAGAACGCGAAAUGUCCAGUUUUAAUAGUGAAGAAGCCCAAAUCAAAUGGUGGCAGUGACAAACACUAAUAAUUACAAGGCUGUUAUUGGUUUGCAUGUAUGGAAGUUGAAUUAUAGAUCAAGCGUGGGGUCCACUUUUGUUUUCCAGUCUGGUCCUUGUUUAGGUUCUGUAAUUUGGGUUACUGUAAUUUGUUAUAAGGUAACGAUACAUAAUUUCUAUGUAUAAAAAUCGCAUUUCAACUUGUGAAAUUAUUUCAAAA